AUGUCGAUUCGCAACAAGCUGCUUGCGGGUCUGCCGGUCAACGCUCAGCUGAGCAGCACCCCGCCGGGCGCCACUCCCGCCGCCGCCUCCGGCGCUUGCAGCAGCAGUAGGAGCAGCAGCAGCAGUCCCUCGGCAUUUGGCGCCUGCCUGCCACCAUCCAGCAGCAGCCCGAGCCGCACCCCAGAGGAGGCCUGGCUCUGCGCAGCCGCGGGCGGCGAUGACGGCGGCAGCGGCGGCAGCGCUGGCAGCGGCGGCUCCUCGGGCGGCAGCGGCGGCUCUGGCAGCAGCUCGGGCGGCGGCGAGGAUGAGGAUGGGGAGGAGUAUCUGGAUCUGACGCAGGCAAGCCGCGCCGCCUCCUCCUCCCCGCGCCCGCAGGCGGAGGAGUUGGCGGCGGCCAAGGGCCUGUCGCUGCCCGACGACUUUGCGGCCGCAGCCAGCGCCGGCGGGCUGCGCCGCGCGACGCUCGACGGCUACCUGCGCCUCGCCUCGGGCGGCUGGCUCACCUCCAUGCUCGUCAAGUCUGUGCCCGCCUUUAGGGACCGACUCAUUGCAGACCGCAUGUUCUUCUUCAAGGUCUGGGCGGAGGUGGCCAUCGAUUCGGGCUGCGCCACGGUGGCUGAGCUGCGCAAGCGGGGCGACGACUUCUGGGGGGAGUUUGAGUUCUACCUCUCCGACCUGCUGGUGGGGCUGGUGCUGGAUGUGGUGCUGGUGACCCUGCUGGCACCCCCAGCCAUCGUGGGACGCUCCAGAGCGGGCUCUGCCGGCGGCCUGAAGAAGCUGCUGGGCCGGCUGCCGUCUGCGGUGUUUGAGAAGUCCAGCGCCGGCCGCCGCUUCACGGUGCUGGACCGGGUGGGCACCUUUGUGAAGUUGGGGCUGGAGUACUCCCUGGCCGGCAUCGUGUGCGGCUUCAUCGGCCAGGGCAUGGCCAACGGCAUGAUGCGGCUCAAGCGCCACUACGGCGGUACCAGCGAGCACGACGUGCCGGUACCGCCGCUGGUUGGCACCGCCCUGGUCUGGGGCAUGUUCAUGGGCCUGUCCUCCAACAGCCGCUACCAGGUUGUGUUUGGGCUGGAGCGCAUCGUUGACGAGACCAUCGCGCGGCGCAUCCCCCAGGUGGCCUACUUCACCACCCUUGCCAUCCGCUUUGUCAACAACGUCAUUGGCGGCGAAAACUUCAUAGAUAUGGCGCGGUGGGCGGGCGACGCUCCCCUUCCGCACCAGCUGCCCACAGACGUGUGGGAGUCCGUUGGCUACCACCUGUCCCUACUCGACUCUGCAUGGGCCUCGGCAGCCUGCCGGGACAUGCGGCAGGGGCUGGCCGGAGUGCUGGCUGCCCGCAAGGCGGCGGUGGCAUCCGAGCUUCAGGCGUUUGUGGGCAGGCUGUCUGACGAUGCGGCGGGCUUGGGGAGCAGCAGCGGGGUGCGCAGCCUGGGGAGCGCUGCCCUGCCCGGCUUCAGCUGGAUAAGCUUCGGAGCAAGCUCGCUGUCCCUGCUGGUUGGGCCGCCCAUGCUGAUGCUGGAGCUGCCGCCCAGCGCCAGCAUUGGGCCCACUUGGUGGCUGAGCGGCAGGUACCAGCACACGCGGCGCCAGAUCACCAGCAGGCACUACGGCUGCGCCAGGCCCGGGUUUGACGCGGUGGAUGGCGCGUUCCUGUCCCAGCCGCUGUCCAACCGCGGCGCCUGGCAGCGGUGUCUCAUGGUGCGCACGCUCAUGGACACUGCCGCCCUCGGCUUCCACGAUGCGCUGAGCUGCGUUGCGGUCGCCAAGCUGCUACUGGCCCAGUCCCGCGGCCCGCUGCUUGCCGCCAACCCGCGCCAGGAUGCCCAGCCUUGA